AGAGAUCCCAAUGAACUGAGCUGAGUCUUUGUGUGAAGAGGGAGGAGGAAGAAGUGGAGGCAGCGGUGACGGUGACCGGCUGGCUUGGAAGCCCUGCCGGGGGAACCCCAGGAGGGAACAAUGCUAGCCUGCCUGACCCGGGGGAACUUACUGGACGUCCUGCAGGAGGGCUUCAAUGAGCAACAGCUGCAGGCAUACGUUGCCUGGGUGAACGCACAGCUGAAGAAGAGGCCAGCGGUGAAGCCUGUGCAGGACCUUCGGCAAGAUCUCCGGGAUGGGGUGAUCCUGGCAUAUCUCAUCGAGAUCGUUGCAGGAGAAAAGCUGAGUGGAGUACAGCUGAGUCCGAGCAACCAACAGGAGAUGAAAAAUAAUGUGGAGAAAGUCCUGCAGUUUGUGGCCUCCAAGAAGAUCCGUAUGCACCAGACAUCUGCUAAAGAUAUUGUAGAAGGAAACCUCAAGUCCAUCAUGAGGCUGGUGCUUGCCUUGGCAGCUCAUUUUAAACCAGGCUCCAGCAGGACAGUGAGCCAAGGGCAGGACUCCAGCAGCCCUCUGCAGAGUCACCAACCACACUGUGCCACUGCUGUGGCCCAGGGGGCAGCUGCUGCUCUGGCCGAUGUGUGUCACGACAUGUCCCGCUCAGGACGUGAUGUCUUUCGAUAUAGACAGAGGAACAGCAGUGUGGACGAGGAGAUCGAGAACCCAUACUGGAGCGUGCGUGCCCUGGUGCAGCAGUACGAAGGGCAGCAGCGGUCCCCAUCGGAAUCCAGCUGCUCCAGUCUGACUUCACCCAGUCCAAUCCACAGUGCAAAAAGUGAAUCUAUUAUAACCCAGUCGGAGGAGAAGGUGGAUUUUGUGGUUAUCCCUUCAGAAGGAAUAGAGAAUAGAACAGAGGAGAUAGAUUCUCCAGUGUCCCGAGACUGGCGACCAGUGAGCCCAGGAACCUACCUGGAGACUGCUUGGGAAGAACAGCUGCUGGAACAACAAGAGCAUUUAGAGAAAGAAAUGGAAGAAGCAAAGAAAAUGAUAACAGGACUCCAGGCCUUACUUCUCAAUGGAUCCUUACCUGAAGACGAACGAGACAGGCCCUUGGCUCUCUGUGAACCAGGAGGCAAUCCUGAGGAACAACUGAUUAUUAUCCAAAGUCGCCUGGAUCAGAGUAUGGAAGAGAAUCAGGACCUAAAGAAGGAGCUGCUGAAAUGUAAACAAGAAACGAGGAACUUACAGGGGAUAAAGGAUGCCUUGCAGCAGAGGCUGACUCAGCAGGACACAUGUGUGCUUCAGCUCAAACAAGAACUGCUCAGGGCUAACAUGGACAAAGACGAGCUACACAACCAGAACGUGGAUUUGCAGAGGAAGCUGGAUGAGAGGAACCGGCUUUUGGGAGAAUAUAAGAAGGAGCUGGGGCAGAAGGAUCGCCUCCUUCAGCAGCACCAGGCCAAGCUGGAAGAAGCACUCCGGAAACUCUCUGAGGCCAGUUACCAGCAGGUGGAUCUGGAGCGGGAGCUGGAACAUAAAGACGUCCUUUUGGCUCAUUGUAUGAAGAGAGAGGCAGAUGAGGUGACCAACUACAACAGUCACAGCUCUCAGAGCAAUGGUUUUCUCCUUCCAAUGGCAGGAAAAGGAGCUGUUUCAAUUGCCCACAGAGGGACCAGUGACCUACAGCUUGUCCGGGAUGCUCUCCGCAGCCUACGCAACAGUUUCAGUGGCCACGAUCCUCAGCACCACACGAUCGACAGCCUGGAGCAGGGCAUCGCCAGCCUCAUGGAGCGCCUGCACGUCAUGGAGACCCAGAAGAAACAGGAAAGGAGGGUUCGGGGCAAGUCACCCAGAACUCAGGCAGGCAGUGAAUACCGGGAGUCCUGGCCCCCAAACUCAAAGUUGCCUCACUCACAGAGCUCUCCAACUAUCAGCAGCGCCUGCACUAAAGUACUCUAUUUCACUGACCGGUCACUUACUCCCUUCAUGGUCAAUAUACCAAAGAGGUUGGGGGAGGUGACACUGAAGGAUUUUAAAGCAGCUAUUGACCGAGAAGGGAAUCACCGUUAUCAUUUCAAAGCACUGGAUCCUGAGUUUGGAACUGUUAAAGAGGAGGUUUUCCAUGAUGAUGAUGCCAUCCCCGGAUGGGAAGGGAAAAUUGUAGCCUGGGUGGAAGAAGACCAUGGAGAGAAUUAA